GCGCCGCCCCGCGCGCGCAUUGACUAAAGUAGAUCCGAGAACCAAAAAAAACAAUAAUGCCGCGAGGCCGAGGCCGACCCCCGAAACCAGCGGCGAGGGACCCGGAGGCGGCAGAUAACUUACUGGAACUGAGUGCAGACAAUGCAAAUGGGUUUCUCGAGUCCCAAGAUACUCAGUACCGAGAUGCUCAUAAAUGUGAUGUCUGUUUCCAAACGUUUUCCAAGUACAAUCAAUUACAGCGCCACUUACGGGAACAUGAGGAAAAUGACAAGCCUUACCGAUGUGAUCAAUGCCCAGCAACCUUUAACGUGGAAUUUAAUCUUAUAUUGCACAAAGCCACUCACAAUGCAAAUGAGCCAUCUUGUCCUGUUUGUGGCAAAAAGUUUUCCCGCGUGGCCAGCCUUAAAGCUCACAUUAUGCUGCAUGAGAAAGAGGAGAACCUGAUAUGUACAGAAUGUGGUGAUGAAUUUACGUUACAGAGCCAACUUACUAGACAUCUGGAUGAACACCGGCAGGAACUAAAUGGAAGCCAAGUGCAUGUUUGCAAGAUCUGCACAAAAGAAUUUGAAAGGCCUUCCCAGCUACGUGAUCACAUGAAAUCUCACUACAGAGUUAGGUCAUCCCUGUGUACCAAGCAGUACAAACGGCAUGUAGACAGAUCAGGGUUCUCUCAUCGUUGUGAACAUUGUGGGAAGACAUUCCAGAAGCCUAGCCAGUUAAUUCGACACAUCAGAAUACAUACAGGUGAAAGGCCAUUUAAAUGUGGAGAUUGUGGAAAGGCUUUCAACCAGAAAGGAGCACUGCAGAUACAUAUGAUCAAGCAUACUGGUGAAAAACCACAUUUUUGUGUAUUCUGUCCAGCUUCAUUUUCACAGAGAGGCAAUCUACGAGCACACAUACAAAGGGUUCACACGGAGGUGAAGGAUGGGGACCAGCCAGCUUAUCAGUGUGAGGAAUGUAGCUGUGUGUUUCGAAAACUAGGCAGCCUUAAUGCACAUAUCAGCAGGAUGCACUCAGAUGGAUCAGAAUCUUCGCGAGUAAUAAGUGACACUGCACACAAUGUACCGGCGAUUGGAUCAUCACCAGUAACAUCGGUCGGAGGUCAUCAAGGAGCACAAGCAGUGACUGAUGUUAUUCAGCAGCUUCUGGAGCUGUCCGAGCAAGUGACUGGAGAGGGGUCGCAGUCUCAGCAGCCAGUGCAACAAAUCACCAUAGAGGGCAGUAUUAAUCAGGACAUCUUGCAACAAGCCUUAGAAAACAGUGGGCUAACUACCAUUCCCAUUCAAGCUCAUCAGUCGGAGUCUGGCCAGCCGAGGGCUUUGUUAUCCCGAAGUCAGUCGCAGGAUGCACAGGUUACACCCCUUCAACAGACCCAGCCUUCUGCUCCACAGUCACACCAACAGCGUUUGGAAAAGCUUUCUGGCAAGGAGAAUGUGGAUGUGGUGAAAAAAAUGAUGUUGUAUCCCGGUUCUGUCCGUCGUGUGAAUGGAAUUAGGUGGCACAUGUGUACAUAUUGCACUAAAGAAUUUAAAAAGCCUAGCGAUCUAGUGCGACAUAUUCGCAUCCAUACUCAUGAGAAGCCCUACAAGUGCACUCAGUGCUUCCGAGCUUUUGCUGUAAAAAGUACCCUCACUGCACACAUGAAGACUCAUACUGGCAUCAAGGAAUUCCGAUGUCCCAUGUGUGCAAAGAUGUUUUCUACUCAAGGAAGUCUAAAAGUGCACCUUCGGCUACACACAGGAGCCAGACCAUUUGACUGUCCACACUGUGACAAAAAGUUCAGGACCUCAGGGCAUCGCAAAAGUCACAUUGCUUCACAUUUCAAAAACUUGCAGCUUAAGAAACGAUUUCCACGCAAACCAGCCAAGAUGCGGAUUUUAAAGAACAGCGUCACUUUAACUGAUAUUCCACUCCAGGAGCCUAUCCUCAUCACCGAUUCAGGCCUCAUCCAGCAAACCCCACGGAAUAGCCAGUUGUACAGUCAUUAUCUGGCAAAUGGCAUCAUUACUGACGGACUGGGUGGGGAUAGGCCAUACAAAUGUGCAUAUUGCAACAAGGGAUUUAAAAAAUCCAGCCAUCUUAAGCAACAUAUCAGGUCGCAUACAGGAGAGAAACCAUUCAAAUGUUCACAGUGUGGCAGAGCCUUUGUUUCGUCAGGGGUCCUUAAGUCACACAUCCGGACGCAUUCUGGCCUCAAGGCCUACAAAUGUUUGAUUUGUGAUGGGACUUUCACCACGAACGGCAGCCUGAAAAGGCACAUGUCCACCCACAGUGAGGUGCGUCCCUUCAUGUGCCCCUAUUGUCAGAAAACGUUCAAGACUUCCAUGAAUUGUAAAAAGCAUAUGAAGACGCAUAGGUAUGAGCUUGCUCAACAGAUACAGCAGCAGCAACAACAGCAGGCAGCACCCCUGGAUGACGAUGGCUUGGUCGAAUCUAUGGAGCAGCAAACUGACCCAACUACUGGACAGGCACAAGUUCAGAUUCAGCCAAAUGAACUACAGCAGCCUUCAACAAUCAGUGCUGACCACCAGACCAUGCUCGGCCUGAGUCAAGAGCAGAUUGUGGGACCUCAGCAAACUGGGCUCGGCCAACAGCUUACAGACCAGCAGCUUGUACAGGAUGAAGAUUCCUUUGUGACAACGCAUCACGCCUUGCAGCAGAAUAUCAGCCAAUUUGAUCAACAAGCUAUUACACAGCAAGCCUUUGACCAACAGAGUCUAACCCAAGGUUUCACCAUCACAGACAGCUUUGGCCAGCAGAGUCAAUUUACUGCAGUGCAACAGUUGCAAGAUUCCAGUAGUUUAGAGUCACAAGCACUCAACCCCAGUUACCACCAGCAGAGUCUGCUUCAGGUCCCUACUACAGACAGUAUCAAUGUGACCCCACGACUAUUACAUGAGCCGUCACCAGGAGCCUUGCAUCUUCAAAGCCAUCGCUCAGCAUUCCAUUCUGAUAAUGAGGACCAUGUCAGACGAACAUAUAGGUGUGAGUUCUGUACCAAAGGUUUCAAGAAGUCAAGCCAUCUAAAGCAACAUGUACGUUCGCACACAGGUGAAAAGCCCUUCAAAUGUCUUCAGUGCAAUCGAUGUUUUGUAUCCUCAGGUGUUUUGAAAGCACAUCAGCGAACACACACAGGUAUUAAAGCCUACAGAUGCAAUGUUUGUGAUGCCACUUUUACUACCAAUGGGAGCCUUACAAGGCACAUGGUAAUUCAUACCAGUCUGAGACCAUUCAAGUGCCCAUUCUGCGAUGAUACUUUCCGAACAUCACUUCACUGCAAGAGGCACAUGAAAGCUCAUCAAACUACCACAGGAGUUGGAGAAGAGGAAGAAAACCUAGAGAGACCUGUUGUACGAAGGCCACGGAUUGGGAUAAUCACAUUUACAGAAGAAGAGACGGCAGAACUGGCAAAAACUGAAACGCGAUUAGAUGCCACCGUUUCUGAAAAAGUAUUAGUCCAGUCGGCAGCAGAGAAGGACCGUGUCAGUGAAAUCAAGGAUAAGAAUAUUGAGAUAGAAGAGGAGCCUAAGCAUGCAAACCAGUGCUCGUUUUGUACGAAGAGUUUCAAAAAGCCCAGUGACUUAGUCAGGCAUAUAAGGAUCCACACUGGAGAAAAGCCUUUUAAGUGCGAUGAAUGUGGGAAGAGUUUUACAGUGAAGUCUACUCUGGACUGCCAUUUAAAAACUCACACUGGUCAGAAGCACUUCAAAUGCCACGUUUGCAGUUCUCCCUUUUCGACUAAAGGUAGUUUAAAAGUUCACAUGCGUCUACAUACCGGAGCAAAGCCUUUCAAAUGUCCACAUUGUGACGUACGCUUCCGGACUUCAGGGCACAGGAAGAGCCACAUACAAUCUCACUUUAAGCCCACGUCACUGCCGAAGAAAAUUCGGAAGCCUGUAACUCGUCAAACAACAGAGAGUUUGCAGCCUGUUAACUUACUGACUAGUGCCGAUGCAAAUGUCUGCAUCACUAAUAAUGGUGUCCUGGCUAAUCAGUUUGAUCAGAACCUUCUCCAGCAAGGAUUAGUUGGACAAGCCACACUUCCAGCCUCAAUGUCAGCAGGUGGUGAUUUGACAUUAUCACUAACGGAUGCCAGCUUUGCCAUUCUUGAAGGAAUACAGUUGCAGCUUGUUUCUACUAACUUGGUUGGACAGAAUGUUCAGAUCUCUGGCCUUGAUCCCACCAAUAUAAAUAACAUUACACUACAGAUCGAUUCGAGCAUUUUGCAGCAGACAUUACAGCAGAGUAAUGUGCUUACUCAGCAACUGCCUUCAGACCCGAACAUACCACAGCAAUCCGGGACUCUACAAUCAACAGAUAGCACACUUCCUGCCAAUGUGGUCAUCCAGCCACUAACCAGCUUGUCAAUGCAACCUACAGUAACAUCAUCGGCUGCCAUGGUGAUAGGCAGUCUGACCGAGCAGGAGACUGUGCUUGCCAACAGUUCAGGAGCACAGGAUAUCUCGCAGUCGUUGACAUCCGCUGGUCUUGCUCCAAGUUCCAAUGGAAAACAUGAAAUGGCACUGACGAUUAAUAACGCCAAUCUCAGCCAGGUCCUGGCACAGGCUACCAAUGUCACAUGUCCCAAUGCGACAGGAGCACCACAGGAGAUAACCCUCACAAUAUCAGGUCAAGAUAUAAUUCAGCAGCAUAGCAACACUGAUAGUUGUGAAAUAAAUGGAGGUAUCCGACUGGGAACAUCAAUAAACAACCAACCUAAUGCUGCUACGUUGACCAUCGGCAAUGACCAGCUCCUUAGUCAGUCUGCCACUCUUAACGCAAGUAGUGCCGGCUUACCAGGACUGAGUUCAACUGCAAGUAGUUUGACCCCCUCUUCACUCUCCACGUCCCCCUCUCAAACCACUCUCUCUACCCAGAAUCUCGCUAUGUCUUCUGCUAACAUGGGCAGGGAAGGCAAUGUUACUCUUACGCUAACUGACACCCAGAGCAUGUUGUCUGGUGGUUUAGACACAGUCACGCUCAACAUAGCUGCUCAGGGGCAGCAAUUUCCAACAGUGGUUCCUGAUUCAGCUUUGCCAAGUCAAACAGCAUCAGAACAUCCACAAGUCCUGCUUGCGAGUCAGGAUCCACAGGACUCAACUGAUGCACAAGAGGAGGCUGCCUCAUAUCAGGUACCUGAUACAGCGAUAAGUCUUACGGAGGACAGUCAGACAGAUGAUGAAGGCCAGAUAAAUCACUGUCCCAAUUGUAGCCAGGGCUUCUCAUCUGGCUCCAUGCUCCGUCGACAUUGCCGAGAAGCUCACGGGGAGGAAAGAGUCCACGUAUGCAAUAUCUGCAACAAAGCCUUUAAACGAGCCGCACAUCUCAAGGACCAUCUUCAAACGCACCAGCCGGGACCUUCUCCCAGCAGUCAGAAGCCUAAAUUAUAUAAAUGUGAAUCAUGUGACAAGGCCUUUGCCAAGCCAAGUCAACUGGAGAGGCACAAUCGGAUCCACACAGGUGAGAGGCCAUUUCAGUGCAACCUUUGUGAGAAAGCUUUCAACCAAAAAAAUGCACUACAAGUUCAUAUGAAGAAACAUACUGGUGAGAGACCAUACAAAUGUGAAUAUUGUGGGAUUUCCUUCACUCAGAAAGGCAAUAUGAAGAUACAUAUGAAGAGGGCGCAUGGCUUUCCAGGCAGUGGUCAGGACACUGGAAGCAGCCAAGAACAAGAGGGAGAAGAUGCCAGUCGUGGUCUUGAUCUCGUUGAAGUUGUACCAGAAUCCUCCAAUGAAUGGCACUGUAGGAUAGCAAAUGUAUUCCGCUAAUCUGUACUUUUCCACUCCUGCUCCGUGUGAGUCCAAAGGUUUGAUAGAUGUUGAUACUCUCAAGCAAUGGAUCUAUAUGUGGAUUUAUUUCUUCUAACCGUUGCCAGGUACUGAGAGUUUGGCCACCAACCUGGGUCAUCAAAAAAGAUGAAGUAUCGCCGGGUUAGUCAAAGUACAAGUAAUGGGUUAAUGCAAGCUACUGACAUAAAGCUAAAGGGCUAACAUAAUGAGGAACUCAGAAUCUUUUCUUGCCAGCAUGCAAUGCUCAAUAUAAUUCUGAAGCAAAAGCAGAUGAUCUACAAGUUCAGGAAAAUGCAGCAUUAUGUAUUGACUACCCCAUUUUGAAGAUUAAUCACGAUGGCACUUCCUUUCUUCAUUCCAGCUGUUCAGGGAACACUUAUUACAGUGGUGUCAGGAGUAGUGCUGAAUUAAAUUGGCCUGAUCGUUCGUUCAGAAUAUUGCACAAUGGGGAGCCAGGCGGCACAUCCUCAUCAGCUGACCAUUUCAUGGGCUCUCGCAGAGCUGUCGUAUCACCAGAGAACUUUUUAAGUACCAUCUGCCUGGCUACAUACUGCAAGCAUUUUUAUUGGGCUGCAGUGUAAUGACUUGUUGCCAGUAUGACUGGCCUUCAGAACAUAGAGUUAUUCCAUGAAUCAAAAUAAAUGGCUGAUAGUGUAAGGGUGAAUUUUAUUGCAUUCCAAAGAUUAUUUUUGUAGAUGUUCCCCACUUUACACAGAAAGCACACCAUUUUGUGCAUUUGGUAAAGUUGUAGUCUCUAAAUAAGGGACUUGUACAUGGGUGUGUGUAUAUAUACAUAUAUAUAUAUUGUCUCUACGCCCAAGGUAUUUUUUUGUUUGCACUGUUGUUACAUGAGCACUUCUUUCAUUAAUGUAUUUUUCUUAGUGUAUUAUAUAGCAAGUGUUAAUUUCCCCCCUCAAAAAGCCUUGUGCAACAUUUAUAUUUGACUUUGGAACAUCCCUGUAAAUAUCUGUGACAUUUGUAAUAUCGGGUUGCAUGUAAAUAUAAUUAAGAGCAUCCCGAGAGAUAAUCAUAAGAUGAGAUUUUCAUCAAUCUCCAAUGGAGCUUAUUUUUUGUUUGAACAAUAUGUAUAUAGAUUGUAUAAUUUGUCAGACAAGGGACAUUUUUCUUUUUUGUAAGUAUGUGUAAUGUAUUUAAAAUCAAGAUAUUUGAAAUAAUACUAUUGGUUUUUAAUAAUAUUGUUUGUGGGGCUUUUAUUAUUUCAAGCGUGCAGUAAGUGAGCAAACCGGUUGAUCUUACAGUGGCAACAAAUUUCUCAUGCUCCACCCAACUGCACCUUUACCAGGUUUUAAUGGCCAUAUAUCUGAUCAGUGCAGUGGGCCACAUGGUAUGGUCAUUUUGGUCAUGCUCUUCACCUCAGCAAACCUCAGCGUGUUCAAGGCCUUGGUGGCAACAUGUUUGCAUCUUCCAUGUCAGUGAGAAUAACAAGACCACUAUUUC